AUGCCAGAAUAUUCAUAUACAAACUCUUCCAACCCGUUUAAAAACCCUCCCGCUAGCUUGAUGGGGUAUAUGUGGAUGGCUAGUAUUCCAGAUGCUCUGAAUGAAGGCAACAUGAAUACCACCAUAGGUAAUGGAAACAAAGUCCAGCAGACUGCUAAAACCGGUGUCAAUUGCAAUAAACUCUGCGGGAAUGAAAAUGACAUUACACAGAGUGCCUCUAAAGACAUGAAGCGCCGAAGUGGGAUAAAGAGGUUGUUUGGGAAAGCGGGAAUGCUAUAG